GUUUCAGUUGUGAACAGACCUCGCUAGAGAAAAGGUCUCUUUGUUUAUCUUUCAAGUUAUACCGAGUUACGUCAGCAUCGCCUUUUCUCCUCCAAUACAUUGCUUAACAAUGUGGUUUCCUUUGUUAUUGUUGGUCAGCAUUGGGGCUGCUGUGCAGUCGGAUUCAGUCGAGGAUGUCUUCAAGGCACACAACGUGGUGCCCGAUGUGAUUCCUGUAGCACCAAACCAGUUACUCAAGGUCACCUACAACAAUGGACUUGUGGCUGAGAACGGUGUGGAGCUGACGCCCACCCAGGUCAAAGACCAACCUCUUGUUGAAUGGUCAGCCGAUCCCAAUGACUUCUAUACACUAGUCAUGACCGAUCCCGAUGCACCCAGUCGAGCUGACCCCAAGUUCCGUGAGUUUAAGCACUGGGUGCUCGUCAAUAUUGCUGGCAAUGAUGUGUCUACUGGUGAAGCAUUGGCCGAGUAUAUUGGUUCUGGUCCACCAAAGGACACAGGACUGCAUCGUUACGUUUUCCUGCUCUACAAGCAACCCGGCAAGCUGCAAUUCGAUGGUGCUCGCGUUAGCAACAGAUCCCGUCGUAACCGUCCCAAGUUCCAUGUUGCCCGCUUUGCUGAGCAUCACCAGCUAGGCAAUCCCGUGGCUGGAACGUUCUAUCAGGCGCAGUAUGAUGACUAUGUGCCCAAAUUGCAUCAACAAUUGGCCGAGGAGAACUAAAGCUACUAUUUAAAUAUUUUCAUGAAUUAUAAAAACUUACAAUUUG